AUGUCUGUGCCAUUGGAACAAGGCUAUGUAGGGUUAUUAGAGGUUUCUGCAAUGGAAAGUUCUGACAAGUUUUCUACUAGUGGUGGCUUGAACCUCAAGGCUACUGAGCUGAGGCUUGGUUUACCAGGUUCCGAGUCACCGGAGAGAGAUGGGGGUGUGGAAGAAAAAAAUGGGCACCCUUUGGGCAUGGUCAAGAAUUUGGUGUCUGGGGCCAAGAGGGGUUUCUCAGACACCAUUGAUGGGGGUUCUAGGAAAUGGCUUCUCUCUGGGAAUGGUGGAUCUGAGGUGGGUUUGGGAAAAGAUUGUGGCUUGUUCUCAACAAGGGGUAUUGGUGCUAGUGCUGCCAAGGCUGAGUCUGCCAACCAACAAAUUUCUGUUGUAAAAGAUAAAGUUCCUCUGCCUCCAAAACCUUUGAAUGAGAAGAAACCUCAGAUAUCUGCUCCUGCUGCAAAGGAACAGGUUGUGGGAUGGCCACCAAUCCGAUCUUUCAGGAAGAACUCAAUGGCCACUCAGCCUCAGAAGAAUGAUGAUGAUGCAGAAACCAAGUCAGGGUGCCUUUAUGUGAAAGUUAGCAUGGAUGGUGCUCCAUACUUGAGGAAAGUGGAUCUCAAAAACUUUAGCACUUACAUGGAACUGUCUUCAGCACUGGAAAAGAUGUUUAGUUGUUUUACAAUCAGUCAAUGUGGUUCUCAUGGAGUUUCUGGUCGAGAUAAGUUGAGCGAAAGUAGACUGAUGGAUCUGCUUCAUGGUUCAGAAUAUGUUCUCACCUAUGAAGACAAGGAUGGUGAUUGGAUGCUAGUUGGUGAUGUUCCAUGGGAGAUGUUCACUGACUCAUGCAAGAGGUUGAGGAUAAUGAAAAGUUCUGAAGCAAUUGGACUAGCACCAAGAGCCAUGGAAAAAUGCAAAAGUCGCAACUAGCAAUAUGCUAUUGAUACAGAAAAGAUGGAGUACUAACUAUUACCUUUAAAUACAUCAUAGAAGAGUUCAAAGGCAAGUGCAGGGCACAAGCUGGGGAUUCUCUUGCUUGAAUAUGUAAAAUCCUACAUAUAGGAUUAAAGUAUCUUAGGCCAUAUGUUUGUUGUAGACAUUUCUUAGGCUUGUUGUUUAUCCUCACUUCUCUUCAAUCACUGCACUGUGAACUUCGUAAGAUUGAAGCUGUCUUACUAAGUAAAUUUUGUAACUCAAGUAUAUGAAGUUUAAUA